GUUCCUAACCUAAUUUAUUUCAUAAUUUAUAAAAGUUUACGUUUUGUGUUUCACCACGAUGAAACCGCGCCCCUGUGGUUGUAAAGGAUGCAGAACGUGUCUCAUAUGCGAGACACAGUACGGUGCAAGUGCCCUGAAACCGGCAAUAAACUUAGAUAAAGAAAAGGGUUAUGUUUACUGCCCUUUGUGCAACAAAGCCUGGCCUGGAUGGGAUAUCAACCUCUAUAAAGACCAUCCUAACCAUCAAGGCACACCCAUAGAAUACUCAGGUGUUUAUAUUCAAUUGGACUUUAUAUCAAAAGACGAGGAAAAUGAGUUAAUGAAAAACAUCGAUGAAGUACCCUGGGAUAUAUCACAGAGUGGCCGCAGGAAACAAAAUUUCGGACCCAAAACAAACUUUAAGAAAAAGAAAAUUGUUCCAGGCAAGUUCGAUGGUUUCCCGGCAUUUUCUAAAUAUUUGCAGGAUAGAUUUCUUUCGGUACCUCUUUUAGAAGGGUAUGAAGUUAUCGAACAAUGUUCCUUGGAGUAUGAUCCGGACAAAGGCGCGUCGAUUGAUCCUCAUAUUGAUGAUUGUUGGAUAUGGGGAGAGAGAAUAGUGACGGUCAACUGUUUAUCAGACUCUGUCCUUACUAUGACUCCGUACAAAGGUGAUAGUAAAAAAUUUAACCUAUACUGUGCUGAGGAGUAUCCACCAGUUGUUAUGAGUGAUGGCAGUAUUAACAGUGACUUGGUUACAAACGGCUGUAGCAUGUUAGAUGUGUGUAAGCCGGCUAAGGACAUGGAUGUGAUUGUUAGGCUGCCAAUGCCCAGGCGCUCACUUAUGGUGCUGUACGGAGAACCGAGGUAUCACUGGGAACACUGUGUUCUACGAGAAGAUAUCAUGGCAAGAAGAGUCUGUAUAGCAUACAGAGAGUUUACACCACCUUAUAUGAAUAAUGGUGCUCAUGAGGACAUAGGAUUGGAGAUAAGGAAUAGAGGUAAACAAUUCUGGAAUCACUAUGAAAGGUAUAAGGAAGUAGAGAUUAGUCCAUAGAAUAAUUUGCCAACUCAUCUAUAAGGCAUUGCAUAAAGAAUUUACUCGGGAAUGCAAAAAGCGCUGAGGUUAGCCAAUAAUGUUAAUGCUAUGUUUACAUUCUCUAGUUAAAUUAAACAAUUUUGAUGUCAGUGACGAACCACUUGAAUUGGUACAUUUUAUAAAGCCUGUUUUGAGUGUAUGCAGACAUGGAAAUUUUAAAUUUAGAAUAUUUUGAUAUUAUAAUGGCUAUGGAAGCGUGCAACACUAACUUUGCUAUAUAUGCUAGGUGUUUGUACAAAUAGUGUUGUUAGGACCCUAUUACUGUUUCUUAAAUCUCGUGAAACAACUGCCCACGGUUCGUUUGAUUCGAAAUUUUGGUACAUUCCGUGAACUUAAGUUGUGUAUUUGUGAUAUCAAAACCAAUAUCUAGUAAUAUUGCUUAAAUUUCACUACAAUUAAACACCAGAAAACUAUUGAAGAAAAUGCUAACCUUUUACAUGUGACAUUGUAAAAUUCAAUAGUUCGAAAGGCUAA